GCAGCGAUCGUUACACAGCAGCUUUGAGUUGCACUGAGUGAUUAACUCUGAUAAAUCGUCUAACAUGGCCACAUUCUUCGGUGAAGUCGUGUCUGUGUACUCGAGAGCUGUAGAAGAGGAUGAGUAUGAUGAUAUGACGAAUGAAGACGAGGAAGAUGAGCAGAUCCGCCGAGAAAUAGAGGAGAAGAGGUCAGUGGAUGUUCAUUGGCUCUCUCAGACAGGAGGCGGAGCUGUGGCGUGUUCAGAUCUGAUCAUCGCUGGGGGUCUGAACGCUACAGGCUUCGUCUCUGCGUAUGUGCUGAGCUCCGGUGGAUGGACGCCACUGGCGUGGAUCUCUCUGUGGAACGAGCGGAGCCCUGGAUCCAGACGAGCAGACACGGCCCCGGGCCCCGGAGAACCGUCCUGUGUCCUGUACCAGCAGAACCACAACCCUUCUGUGCUGAUAUGCCAGUGCUCCUGUUACGUGGCUGAAGACCAGCUCUUCCAGUGGACGGAGAAGGUGAUGAGCUGUGUCCAGACCAGGGAUCUGACCGUGACCGUCCUCUCUGACUGCAGUGCAGCAGAAUACAAGACCUCAGACUACCUGAGUGAGAGCAGCGUGCCCUUCCUGCGCUCUCUGAGGACCAGCACACACACGGGCCCCGUGUCCAGCCCGGCCCUCGAGCAGCCCAACAUCAGCACCGGCCUCGCUGCUGCAGGUACUGCCUUCUGAGAGCAUCCUCACGCU